UAUCAUUACACAUUCACAAUGAAGUUAGCGGAAGCCUUACGAAUACGAAUGGACUACUCGAAGAAAAUUGCAUUGGUGAAGGGUAGAAUAAAGGAGUGUGUCAAGGUCCAGGAAGGUGAUGAUUCCCCCGAGAACCCAUAUGACCUUCUUGACGAGUUGCAUAUUCUUGACUUCAAGCUAACAAAGUUGAUCGCAGAGAUCAAUUUGGUCAAUUCCGAGGUACUUGUAGAGCUCCCAUCAUUCUUGGAGGAAGAUUGCUUUGAUGAGGGCUCUUAUAACCCUGGUUUUAAGUACGAUGAAAUGAUGGUGGAGGAGGGAGAAGUCAAGCCUGCAAAGAAGACGUUAUGCGAGGCUCUAUCAGAAAGAGAAUCAUUGAAGAGAAGAAUAGAGUUGAUGCAGUUCACUAUUCUGGCCGGAAGUGUUGCUAACAACUUCAACUAUUCUAAGCUGGAGAUCAAGAUUAUAUGUCUUAUUAACCCGAUCAAGCUCCAGAAGGUUAUGAAUAAGCUCAGUGAGCACUCCAGGAUAAUUGAUACAAAGAUCCAGGAACUCAACUGGGAGGUGGACUUCGAGGACGUGUUAGAGACCAUUAUAAAGAGAAAGAGAGCAGAGCUGCGGAAGGUGAGGAGAUGGUAUUUUUUCUGAUAGCUACUUUCGCAGCCACUAAUCGGUUGCAAAAUAGCUAAGCAUGAAAGAUAUUAUGAAAACGAAACAUGGAAUAUUGAAAGCACUCAGGUAGACCCGAGUGUUAAUACAGGCACCAGAUAUGCACAAGUUCCAUUCAAAAAUCAAUCUACAUGCUGCAAUUACAACUUCAUAUCAUUAGGUUCAAAGGUAACAUAUUGCAGUCCCCGGAGGCGUAGGUUUGGUUAUUCCGUAGCAGACCAUAAUGUCCCCAAUGACAAAAAAAGUGGGCCCCCACCGGCUUACAGUGACAAAAUUCUGAUUUUUGAUUGAAACCCAUUUCGGUAAUUACUAGGAUUGCCUAAACAUUUACCAUCUUAAUCAUCCUAGAGUUUACCAUAUUACGAUAUUAAAAUUUACUCCAAUACAUUUACUACCGCAUGGUGGAAUAACCAAACCGAGGGAGGGAACGGGAACCGGAGCUUUCUAAUCAAGCUCCAUCCGGUAGGACUAUGCAAUCAACACCAAUUUUUUUACCUUUAACCUUUAUCCAACUGCCAGAGCCUAAUGCAGUGGCACGUUUCUAUUUUAAUUGUAUAACAUUGUGUAUUAUAAUAACGAGAGAAAUGCGCAA